AUGCAAAACAAGGCCGUACUUAAUUCUACCGACUUUUCAGACACCCUCAUGAGUGCGCCUGCCACAGCGCUAACUCAAGCUCAACUCAAGAUCUGCAGCCCCGGUGAGGAGUCCUGCCCGAUGAGGUACGCCUUCCGGCCGGUCAUCGAGCGCGACAUCACCGCGGACAGCAUCAUUUGCCAAUCGCCGGAGCAGAUUCUCAAAGCGUACGACACACUGCGAAUGCCAAUCAUGUCCAGCUUGUGCAGCGCCGAAGGAAUGCUUGGAGUUAAGCUGAGCCGGAAUCGACUUCACAAGUACAACCGGGAAGAAAUGCUGGUGCCGCAGUUUUUGGGAUGCCCGGAAAAGAUGGAUCGUCAGGGAGUGGGGAAAAAGGUGAAGCAAUUCUACUUUGGAGACCGGAAGGUUGGCCCGAACACGCUGAAUGCGUUUUGUGACUACGCAUCCGAUUAUACCUUCGCCGUAACGUCCCAGCUGAGCGCCGAAUGGAUCGCUCGAUAUCAACCGAGGGUAGAGCACUUCCACAGCUACUUUUCGUACGACGGUCGUAUGAACUAUGUGAAAGCAAUAAUGGGGGUGGACAUACCGGGAGCUAGUCACAGUGACGAUCUUUACUAUCUUUUCAGCGCUCCUUACGUCAAACCGUUACCAGAAGACUGCGACGAAUACAAGAUACGUGAGGUUGUACUGAAAACCGUAACUAAUUUUGUCAAAUGCGGCAAUCCAACGCCAGACCAUAGUUUAAUGGGAUUCCGGUGGACACCGGUAUCGACGGUGCCACGUGAAGAGACAAAACCGUUUGAUUUGGAUUGUUUGGAAGUCAAUUUGCCGCCGCGGAUGAUUCGAAAUCCAAACCAGGACCGGAUGGAGUUUUGGAGGAAAAUUAUGCUAGAUAAUACAAAUUUGCUGUGAAUUUAUUACUGUGUAGGGGAAAUUAAUACAAAUGGUCAUAUAAUUUGAGCAAUUCUUUAGAAAAAAUCUAAAAGAC